CAAGGCAACGCAACCCGUAUACACAGACAUAGAUGAGAUUACAGUUGAUAGAUAGAUAGAAAGAAAGAAAGAUAAGUAGAUAUAUAAAACUUCACUGCAACACGUCCAUCACAGUGUGUAAAGAUGCCAUCAGGUGAGGCGAAGAGUGACAUGGAGCGUCUGGGGGUCUUUAAGGAGAUGAGCUACAUCUCUGUAGGAGACAAAUACACAUCACCCAGCAACCGUCCAUUCAAUGAAUCAGCAUAUCGUAGCCGGCAGAUUCAGGCAGGCAUCGCUGGCCUGCAAAGUGGUUUUUUCGAAAAGUCCUACAAACGGAUUUUUGAGCGUGAAGCACUAAGUGACCCGCUGAGACUGGCCCGGCAGAACCGCAUCCAGCAGGCCAAGAAGAACCUGGGCAAGGCCUUUGUCCCCUAUAAUGGUGUCAAGAAGCCUUGUGGUUCAGGUAGUUACUAUGGGACUUUAUCAGGGCCAGUUGAAGCCAUGAGUCCUUUUACAGUUGUCCAGAAAGCCAAUCUCUCACCUGGACGCAACAUCAUCACCUCACCUCCCAAGAAAGGCAGUGGUUACAGCUAUCCCAACGUAACACUGUCCAGAUUUGAGCUGUAUGCCUCAGACCCCUACGACAGAGCAAAAGACGUACUGAAGAGGGAGGCAGCGAUCCAUCGCUCCAAGUUAAGAGGUGGUCCCUUCAAGCUCAACCUUCACCCAAGAGAUUAUUUCAAAGGGAAUCCAUACCACAGUAACAAGCCACUGCUGCCAGCACAGAAGCCCCUCCCACCUGCACAAAACAUUUCUCCUGUCCCCUUCAAGCCCCCGUCCCCUGGCAAACGGAUUGGAGGGAUAAAGGCGGGAACGUUUGACACUUAUCCGUCGCAUUCUGCUGAUCCCUUCAUCAUUCGCCGUUCCAAACAGACCAAUCAUGAGCCAAUCUUUCGCCCAGCUCCUGGUGCUAAGAGCACUCCUGUGAAGAGUAUCAUCACCAUGAACGUUAACAGGACCGUACACUCUGCAAACUACACCUCAAGCUUCCCAGCUGUGAUGACACUCUGACUACAUUACUCACACUGUACCAACACUAUACGUGUACUUAUUAUGUUUGUUUUACCAGCAGGGAACAUAAGAGUCCCACAGAUAUGGUUUUAUUCCAAAAUGAAGGCGAUGCAGCCAUUACCAUCUUCAGUGUUUUAAACCAUGAAUCUGUUUUUC